GUGGCCCGUCUUCGUUUUAAAAUAUAACUAAACUUUAUUGAAACCUGAAUCUGGAACAUACGGCUCCACUCUACCGUAAACACAAGAAUACACACGCAUUUCCUUAAAAAAAGAAAAAAGAAAAAACUUUUCAACAUCGUCUAAUAAAUUGCUAGAUGUUCGGGAUAAGUUACAAAACGAAAUGGAUAACCAUCUAGAUACUAUGAGGAGGGUAUCACUCAGCUCCUGUAGUUACUGAUUGUUUUAUCCCUGUCCAAUCCGACCGGUACAGACAAAUAUCCAAACCUGUCGAGCGACGAGAUCCCGCGGUGUCCCCCGAAACUGCCCGAGAGGAGGCGUCGCUGUUUGGGACUGUGUUCGAAGAGAAGGGGAAAUAAUAACAAUAAAAGCCUAAAUCUUCAGAAAAUACGGAUUUUUUGUAUGAAAAAUGCCAAGUAAAAAAAAGAAAUACAACGCCAGAUUUCCUCCGGCAAGGAUAAAGAAAAUCAUGCAGACGGAUGAAGAGAUUGGAAAAGUUGCUGCACCAGUUCCCGUCAUCAUCUCACGGGCUCUCGAACUCUUUCUGGAAUCUCUUCUGACAAAAGCCUGUCACGUCACACAGUCACGGAAUGCAAAGACCAUGACGACAUCACAUCUAAAGCAGUGCAUCGAGCUGGAGCAGCAGUUCGACUUCCUGAAGGACCUGGUGGCGGCGGUGCCGGACAUGCAGGGGGAGGCUGAGGAUAACCACACGGAGGGGGGCGAGAAGGUGCCCCGCAGAGGUCGAAAGCCGGGGUUGGGUCGGAAGAACGGAGGUGGCGGCACCAAGGGGAAAGACAAGAAGCAGUCGGGGACGGAGUCCGAGCAAGAGGAGGACUCUGAGGACAGCGAGAUGGAUGGGGAGGAGGAGGACGACGGGUCCCGGUCCAGCUCGAACCUGCAGCCCGCUUCCCGCUUCCAGAGCAGGUCCGUCUCUACCUCUCCCCCCUCCAGCUCUGGCGUCAGCCCGGACGUGCAGCACCCGUACCUCCACGCUACCCCCGGACAGGGGGGCCUGCCCGCUCCCCCUCUGGGCUCCUUCGCCCCACACCCCUCCCUCAUGGGGUCCACGCCCCCCCCGCCCGCCCCCCCGCCUCACAACGACGACAAUGACGAUGAAGACUAUGACUCAUAGCUCCCCCCUCCCCCCGCCCCACGCUGUUUUACACUUUACGUUGGUUGUUUUAAUUUCACUGCAUUCGGAUGGGGGAGGGGGCGGAGCCUACAACGCCCAGAGAGAAGGAGGCGUGGCCAGCCACCGCCACUGCCAGUGGAUAAUAGUUUGUAUAUUAUGUGUUUUACCAGUCUUGAUUUUUUUUGUUAUUGAGGGGGGGGUACAGUACAUUACAAUGGUCCUGUGCUUGCAGUGACAUGUAGCUACUAUGUUAGUACUAUGUAUGCACAUGUGUGUACUGUAUGUAGAAACCUCAACACAAUUUAAUUGCACAUAGUACAUGGUACCUACACGUGUGCACCAGGCCAGGGACCAGUGUAAUGCGCUGUGUUACCAUUUUUAAAAAUAAUUCUUUGUGGAGAAAGAAAUUAUCUGAGUUUUUUUUUUUUUUUUUUUUUCUUGUAUUUUAAAGACAAGUGAAAGUUCUUUUCAAACUCUCCCACUUUCUCCAGAAAUGUUGGUUCGGUGUUUUAAAAAAAAAAAAGGAAAAGGGCUCUGGCACCGUACGGACUGGCUGGGAUUUCAGGGCCUCUAGAACACAUUUCUCUUGCUUGACAAGGAUGGUUUCAGGUGAAUCGUCCUCUGUGCAGUUCUGCUCCAGAUUCUUAGAGGUAACCAGCUCACCUGUUUCUGUACAGUCCCAGAGCUCCGGAUUCGUUAUUUCUGUUUCCUUCUUUUCUUUUCUUUUUAAGAAAGACUUCUCCUUUAAUGCUGUAAAUUGGCCACCCAUGAAAUACGACCAUUGAGGACAUUUUUUAGGGUUAUACCUCUUGCUCGUAGAGGGAGAACGGCAGAAAGGGGGGAACGGUCACCUUGUUGUGGGUCGUAACUCUGGCCAUCUAUGAUUGAAGACCUUCCUUUUGGUAAUGUUGUUUUAUAAUGAAACGUGACGAUGUCACAGCAGGGCAGUCUUUAGUAGUGUAGUUUCCCUGGUAGCUUUUCUUUUUCUUUUUCUUUUUUUUUUUUUAAAGUAUUAAUUUCUUUUUCUUUUUUUCCUCCCCUUAUUUUAAAAUAUUGACACCCAUGUGUGCACAUUUUGGGGCCAUCGAGAUUAAAGUGUACAGUUUCAUCAGAUGUCGCGUUCACGUUUGAAAAGGAAUUACUGGUCACACCUUUCUGUAUUAAAUCAGUGCCAUGACAUCCCUCACGCCCCCCCCCCCCCCGCCCCGCCCCACUCCGGUCUCAUCGCCUGGCUGUCUGCACGGCUCUGUGCUCCGUCACGGCUCUGUGAGUCCAGCUGCUAAAAUGGUGGCAGAAGUUACAUCAUGGUUUAGCCGGACAGAGGACUGGUGCAGUUGAAGGGUGCAGCCCAUUGGCCCAGAAGCUUCUUGGCCCGCUCGUGGUAAUUUACAUAAUGUUGCGUUGUGUUUUUAAAGCAGAUUCCAGUUGAAAAAAAGGGAAUAGAACUGGCUCACGGUUCUUAUUUUUGACAUAAUUUGCAACCUUUUUUUUUUUUCCGUUUUCACCCAAGAGGAAUGACGACUGAAAUCAAGGUUUUUGUUUUGCAGAAGCAGAAUUCACCCCACCGCCACACCUCCACCUCCUCUUUACCCCAAUCAUGUCGGUGUAAUAGUUUUCUCCUUAGUAUAAAUAUUCUUUUUUUUCCCCCGUUUAUUUUAAGCUGUUUUAAUGUAUAAAGUGAGAAACUGUGGAGCUGAUAAAAUUUUGCUUCACAUCUAAAUGUUUAAUGAAAGGCGAGUGAAUUUGGUGUUUGUAAACUUUUAACAUCUUUUUUUUUUAUUUUGUAUGAGUGAAAUAAAGUUCAAGUUUCAGUA